ACUGUUUACUUUAAGACCAUGAAGGGUCCAGAAAUUUUAACCUAUUUAUUUCUAUCGCCCUAAACAUGUGCGAUUGAUAAACAUGUAAUUCUCAUAUACAAGUGGGUUUUUUGUUUGAAAUGGGCUCUGGUCUGUUCCUGACUGUGUUGCUUUUCUACCUGUUUCCUAUAUCGUUAAAAGCUGAACAAGCCUCAUUUUACGGAAACAGCUAUAUUUCCAUACCACUAGAAGAAUCAAAAACCACAACGGAAAUCUUCUUUAAGUUCAGAACAAGACUCUCGGACACUUUGAUCUUAUUAGUAGCUGGAGAAACUGACUACUGCAAGGUAGAUCUCGAAAAUGGAAGAAUUAGAGUGGUGGUCAACUUGGGAUCGGGUGAAGCUGAGUUAGUAUCGCAUAGUACUAACAAAUUAAACGAUUUUAAGUGGCAUGAGGUCACAAUCACUAGGAGAGAUGGGAAUUUGUCCAUGUUGGUGGACAAAGCUAGGAAGAUUCACACCAAAAUUCCAGGAAAACACUUCGAGCUAAAUAUACACUAUGGGAUAUUCGUAGGAGACCAUCGAAAUAAAAAUAACACCGAUUUGUUUUUCGGACAUAUCAAAACCUUCCGAGGUUGCCUUUCAGGGCUCAAAUACAACGAUCUUCCAGUAUUGGAAACAGCGAGGCAGCGUGAAUCAAAAGCGAUAGUUGAAGCCAUUACUUGGAACUGUGCUGCUGAAUUUGAAGCUUCUCUAGAGCAGCCAAUCAGUUUCGUUGAGGAUGAUGCUUUUUUGGUGAUACCUCAAAAAACAAAAUUCAAAGAUUUUAGUAUAAGAAUGGAACUUAAAACUAUGGUUAGUGACGGCCUAAUAUUCUACAACCCCGGAACGACAAGACAUGACUUCCUAAUGUUAGAAAUUUCAAACUAUAACCUCUCUGCUACUGUAAAAGCUGGGGAUAAAGCAGUGAAAGUUCACAUAACCCAGAGACCAGUGGCCGAUGGCAAGUGGAACAGAAUCGGUUUUCGCCUAACUUCAACAACUGUAGAACUCUCUCUGAAUGAGCAUCUGGAAUAUGCCAAAAACGUCCACGCUUCCUUGGUUCAACUUUCAGAUAUCUCCUACAUUGGCGGCUUAGAAGCUGGAAAAAAGUUCAGAGCAACCCAGAAGGGUUGUGGAACUGCUUGUGAUCUCGGUUUUAAAGGCUGUAUGCAAAACUUACAUAUUGCUGAUGCCAGAACAGGACUUCCAGAUGCUCAAUCCUCAGAUGGUUUACUUCCCAGCUGUGUAUGGAAUUAUCCUUGCCUAAGACAUCCGUGCCAAGAAGGAGCAACUUGCGUUCAACGAGGCCUAGAUUCAUUUCAGUGUAGGUGUCCUAAUAACAUUGAUACAACUUGCGUGCAAAGAAAUUAUACUGAAGGAUACUCCGUUUAUUCAAGACCUGCUAGUUUAGCAACAGAACUGGAACUUUUAAGUGUGGAGCCUUUGGAGGUUCUUGAAGGAGGCAGCGAAAUCAUCACCACAACCAAUCUGCAUUUAGUGUUAGAUUAUAAAAAAUAUGGUAUAAAGGAUGCUGGUGUGAGUUUCACGGUGGAACAAAGCCCAGAACAUGGGGCUGUAACAGUUGAUGGCUGGCCCCAAAGGCAAAGUUUUUCCCUCUUAGAUGUAGCAAGAGAUAAAGUUCAUUAUGUCCAUGAUGGAUCAGAGAUUAAAAGGGACAAUAUUGCUUUGUCUGUGGCAUUUUCUGCUGCCCAGUCUUUUACACUACCAGUAUAUUUACAGGGUACUUUUAGGUUUUCACUUAUUGUAAAUAUUGUUCCCAAAAAUGAUGCUCCUGUCUUUGACUUAUCAGAGACAAAAGUAUUACGAGUGGUCCAGGGUGCAAAAAAGGUGAUAACGUCCGAUCUAUUCCAAACGGAUGAUCCCGAUAAUAGUCCAUCAGAACUUGUAUAUAGAAUCAUCCAAUCUGACGUGGGUUAUUUUGAAAACCUUCGUAAGCUUGGUGCUAAAGUAGACUCAUUUACACAAGAGGAUGUUAAUAAAAAGAAAAUCCUCUUUGUACAUACUGGGCCGGAUGCUUCUGAUUCAUAUGUAUCCUUAGAGGUUUCAGACGGUGUGGAGGUAAGCCCUAUAUACCAAGUACGUGUAUCAGUAACUGCUCAAGUAUGGAGACUAGAUAAAAACACUGGACUGCAGCUUCUACACCAAACUUACCAAAUUAUUACUCCAUAUAACCUAAGUUACACUUCAAACGUUCCAAACUCAGAUUAUAAUGUGCUAUUUAAAAUUAUAAAAAAACCGUCUUUUGGUGAGAUUGAAGUCGAUAGAAGUCCAAAUAUAUGGGAGCCAACUAAGAGUAUGAGCAUGUGGGAGCCUACAGAUGUAUUCCUAAGUACAGAUUUGAAACAGCAUAAAGUGAGAUACAGGCACACUAUUGGAGAACCACAGUUUGAUGAGUUUCAGUUUAGAACAGCAUUAAACAAGACUCAGCUAUACACUUUUCGACUUACCUUUGUUGAGUGUAAGCUCCUCCAAGUGUCCUCUAAGAUCCUGGAACUGAACAGCGCAUGGGAGACACCUAUAACAACAAAAUCUUUGUUAUUUGAAACCAGACCAACGAAAUCAUCCGCUUUCAUUAUGUAUCAAGUCUUAAAAUAUCCGCAAUAUGGUUAUUUAUUUUCAGCAGUUUCUAAGUAUAGGAUAAAAUGUUUUGAUAACUUUACCCAAGAGGAUGUACUUUCCGAAAAUAUACGCUAUAGAUUGUAUCAAAAGGCCUUUUCAGACGUUAGCGACUCAAUAAUUCUAUCAGUUAAAUCCCCGGGAUGUGGAAACGUUACGGCAAACGUAACUAUAAAAUAUUACCCUUCGAACGAGGAUAAAUUCAAAGUUCAAGUAAAUAUAAAGCAGCUAGACGUUGACGAAGGAAUGUCGGCAGUAAUUGAUAGAUCCCAUUUAUAUAUACAUGCAAAUUUUGUGUCGGAUUUAAUAUUUAAUGUGACUACACCCCCGCAACAUGGGAUUUUACAAACUGUCGUUGAUGACAGGAUAAGGAAUCACACAAAAGCUUUUUCUGUUCAGCAGCUUAAUGAAAAUUCAGUGUUCUACUUACAUGACGGGUCAGAGAGUGAACAGGACAGUUUUAAGUUUAUGGCUUUAUCAAACACUGAUGAAACUUUUCAAUAUGUAGGUCAGAUGCAGAUUAAUGUUCAUUUAAAAAAUGAUCAUGCUCCAAUCAGAGUAGUAGAUAAAGUAUUUCAAGUAGUAGUAGGAGGAGAAAAACUUUUAACAGAUAAAGACCUUAAGUUUGUUGAUAUGGAUCUAGGAACUCCACCUGCCGGAAUUAUUUAUACUUGCAGAGAAAUCCCUAAUGGGCAGUUCUAUAAUUUGAGAAAUCAAACAAAAAAUAUAACAGAAUUCACACAAGAAGACUUGGAUACAAGAAAUAUCCUAUUCAAACACAAAGGACCAGAAUACGCCAAAGUACGUCUAUGGGUUACAGAUGGUCAGUUCCACGUAAAUGGCAUCCUAGAGAUCCAAGCCUCCGGCCCAUUUAUUCAUAUUGAAGUAAACAAGAAGAUCAUUGUAGAAUCAGGAAAAUCAAUCAUUUUAACAACAGAUCAUGUGCAAUACUCAACAAACUUAUAUACCACUGACUCAAAGGUAACUUAUCAUAUUACCAGGCCACCAGUGUUUGGCAAAAUUGUUGACUCUAAAAAUGGACUUUUAAAUAACUUUACUCAAGAAGAUGUCAAUUUAGAAAAUGUCAGGUAUCACAAUGAUGUUACCACAGGAAACGCUGAUGAAAUUGGACUUAAAGUUACUUGUAAGGAUGCUCUCAAUGUUGCACAACUAGCUGUUCUAAUUCUGCCAUCUUCUUAUUGGGAACCUUUGCAACUGAAGCGGUUAAAGAAGCUAACUGUAGAAGAGUCCACUAGUGCGUUAAUAACUAAAGAUAAUUUAGAGGUAAUCCAAACAAAUGUGCAUCCCUCAAUAAUAAACUUUCACAUCCAUGAAAGGCCUCAAUAUGGCUACUUGACAAUCCUAUCAGAAUCGAAAAAUGGAAGUGAAAUAAUAAAUAUGGCAUCAUUCACACAAGAGCUAAUAAAUGAAAAUAGGGUGCUUUAUAUUCAAGCGGCUGUCAACCAAUCUAGAGACACCAUAAGUUUUAAUGUCACAAAUGGACUAGUGUGGUUGCCAAACGUUCGUUUAGAAAUAAUGAUUAUUCCAGAACAUUGGUACUUGGGUAGUAACGACAUUGUCGUUAAUGAAGGAGGUUCCAUCACACUCUCGCCUGUUUAUUUAUAUGUUGAAACUGAAUACUACCGUUCUAUAGGUGUCACGUUUAAGAUGAUACAAAGCUUUAAUCACGGGUGCCUUCAAAUAUUUAAGCAGUGCUCCAAAUCAAAAUCAUUCAAUUCUUAUAACCUCACCGCAGGAACUGUUGAGUAUGUCCAUGAUGGUUCGGAAAAUAUUAAAGAUGCAGCCACUUUUAUUGCUCAGGUAGGAGAAAGAAAAAGCGAACCGAUAAAAGUAUUUGUUAAAGUAGUACCUGUCAAUGAUCAUGUCCCUAAGUUAGUUAAUAAUACAGGCCUGGAGAUGUGGGAGGGUGGAACUGCAGUAAUAACCAAUAGUAUGUUAGCUGCCAUCGAUGAAGACGUUCCAAAAGAAACGCUCAAAUAUCACGUUCAAAGCUGUUGGUGGGGAAAUGUUUCUUUAAUAACCGAUGAAAAUAAGGCAUUUAAUUACUUUACUCAAGAAUUUAUUAACAAUGGUUUAGUGAUAUUUAGGCAUCAUAAUGGUUCAAGAGCACGCUUCUUGUUUAAUAUAAGUGAUGGUUUACAUACGACAAAAGAUUACCUCUUUGAAAUCAAAACUAAAAAAGUACAAAUGAAGCUUUUCACGAACAAGCCAUUGCAUAUAUUUCCACUUCAGAAGAAAGUAUUAACUAAUGAAAAUUUACAUACAAAAAACUCCGAUGGCAGAAGGAUUUUGUAUGAAAUCACCAAACCACCUACCUUGGGCAGACUAAUGAUGAAAUCCAAAAAAAAGGAGUACAACAGUGUUGUAUCGAACUUUACUCAGGAAGAUAUCGAUAACGAAUCAAUUUAUUACGAACAUUUACAUCCAUUUUCCGACUUAUAUGCCAACGAUUCAUUUAUAUUUACUGUUAACUCUUAUUUAGCACCUACACUUGUAAAUGAGAUCUUCCGAAUAGAUAUAUCAGUAUCAUCUGGUGGCCUAGACUCCUACGUACAAAUUCCAAAAAUAGAGGUCAAAGAGGGUGAAAAAGUGUCAAUUCAUAUGAACCUCUCUGAAGUAGUCAAAUUUCUUGAAAUGCAUGCGGGUAUGAGAUCUCCAGUUAUACACGUAUCAGCAGAAAUACCUCGUCAUGGAAAGGUUUUCUUAAAAGAUGAUCCCCAUAGUGGACUAAUGACAUUUACCCAACAACAACUGGAAUCUGGUAAUGUUUACUAUCAACAUGACAAUUCAGAUACCUUAUCAGAUACCGUCAAGCUUUCCUUAUACUUAAUUCCAAACUACAUCAUGCUCUGUAACUUGACAGCCAAUAUUACUGUUAUUCCUGUAAACGAUCAGCCGUUUAAACUAGUCACUCAAGCUCCUAAGUUUUCAGUGGUUCAAGGUGAGAACCAUACAAUCACUAGAGAAGAGUUGUGCACUGAAGAUGCGGAUACUCCUCCAAAAGAACUUAAAUAUGAUGUUGUAGCUGGACCAACAAGCGGCAGAUUGUUAUUACUACCAGAUUUGGAACCAGUAAAUCAUUUUACUCAGCACGAUGUCGACCAAAAUAGGCUAAUAUAUGUUCACGAAAGUGUUGUGCUAAAAGAUUCGUUUCAUUUAAGGAUAUGGGAUGAACAGUUCCAUCCAGAAUUCACUUUUUUUAACAUAAUGGUUAUUCCGGUCAAUAUUAGUAUUAAAGCUGGAUUUCCUGUUGAGGUGAAGCAGGGCACAAACGUAGGGUUCCUUAAUGACCAAAAUAUUUUUGUGGAAACAAAUACAGAUGAAAGUAAAAUCAGUUAUUACGUGUCAAAAAGACCUAAACAUGGAGUUAUUUAUAAGGACAACAACCAAACUGUAACCUUUAGUCAAGAUGAUCUCUACAGAAAUCAUGUCAUGUACUUGCAGUUUGAUACAACAGCCUCAAAUGAUACAUUUAAUCUAAUUGGUCAAUUAGCUAUAGGAAACUUAACAUUCAAAAAAAAUAUAAAACUAUGUGUUGAGGUUAAACCUUUUAUGCAUAUCCAUGAUUGCACAGUUAAAGCUGGAAAGAUUACCAAGUUAACGCAGAGCUAUUUAGAUGCCACUCCUUUGGCAAAAUUGACCGGAAGUAACCCAAAAUACACUGUGAUUGCCUUACCUUCAUUCUGCCAAAUACGAAAAAUUAUUCGUAGUUCAGGAGAAAAGCGCCACGUGUUGGACACCUUAGUAAAAACUUUUACUCAUGAAGAAAUUCAAGGAGGGCUUAUACAUCUAGACAUAAAAGAUAUUGAGGUGCCACCUAAGGGCUUGACAGACAAAAUAGUAUUUAGUCUGGUGGCCAGUUUAGUACAACCAGCAACAGGAGAACUAAAUAUUAUAGUAACCUCGAUAGACACUAACGAUAUUUUAUCUACUUUACCAGAACCAAGCGAUCCAUUAGGACACGAACUAGACAUUUUAAUAACCGAUUCAUAUAUUACAAGAGAUUAUGUGCUAAUAGGUAUGUACGUGAUAGUGACAAUAGUGCUGGCGGUAGUGCUAACAACUAUUGUAAUCAUAAUAAUAAUAAAAUGUAAAUCAAUGGAACGGGAUACGCUUCACAAAGAAGAGGUGGCCAUGGGUCCAUUGCCAAGACCACCAGACAGGUUAUUAGCCUCCCCCGUAAAAUCUAUAGGGAUGACAACUCCGACACCUGCAGCUCCACCCCAGUGCAAGGUCACCCCUCUUGGUAUGACCGAAUUUGAUGCACCAUCACCUCAUGCUGGUUAUCCUUAUGGGGUGACAGAUGAACUGCCUGAUGAUUGGAGUAGUGUUGAUAACUCUUCUGAUCAGGCUUCCAAGAGUAUUAUGUUAAGGAGGAAUCAAUACUGGGUGUAAAUAUUAUUGUUUGCUGGUGGUUUUUUUAGGAAAUUGGGGCUGAUUUUGUGUGUUUCACAGUUAAUAUGAGUUUAGGUAAUAUGUGUUUAAAUUAAAAAGAACUCUGAUAGUGGGUUUAUAUCGGCGGUUUAAUUUUUUUAUAAAUCAAAUUUAUUUAGUUUUUUAUGAGAACAGUACUGUUACUUAUCUUUUAUAUACAGGGUAUUACAAAAUUCAGUACAAAUAUUUCAAGGACAUAUUGCUGCAGUUAAAAUAAGACAUUUUUUUCCUAUAAACAUGUGUCCUAAAAUGCAGCCCCUCAGACCUACAGCUCGCGCAAAUUGCUUGGAGAAAAUCGAUUAUUUGGAACCGUAACUACAAUUAUACACAGUACAGUGUAGGGAGCCACAAGGCACCACCCAGCGGUGGAGUUUUAGUGGGUAUAGGACGAAACAGACUCGACACUGAGUCCCACACUACUGGGGGCGGCGCCGCGUAACCAGUGUUCAUAAAGAAUUUCUCCACCGACCCAAAAAAAAAAAAAAAAAAAAAAAAAAACUACUAAAUAAAACUAAAAAUAAAACUACAAUUAUGCAUCAAUUCUUCUGAAAAUUUGCAUGUCCCCGUUUUUUUGGUUGCUCUUUUUAUUCUCCGUCCCAAAAAUGGUGUAGAUCCAAUUUUAGGGGAGGAUUCAGGGGAGCUUACCCUUCUGAUGGCAUCCGUAUCUUAUCUAUCUAUCAAUAAGAAAUUAAAAAAUCUAGCAACACCAUCUGGUUAGCCAUGAAAAAAUAUAACAUUUUUGUCUCUUGCAUUUUUUCACUGUAAUUAAGCGUUUUCGAGAAAAUGGCUGAUAAACCAAAGGGGAGCAUUAUUUAUCCCGCUUAAACUUUUAAAUUAGAAAAAAACAAAGUGGGCUGUGAUUGUUUUAUUUUUUGUCAAAUAUAUUAAUUUUAUACAAAAAUGCAAAAAACGAUAUUUUAGAUUUUUUCAUGGCUAAUUAGAUGGUGUUCUACAUGUUCAAAAUUUUUAUUGGAAACUUAGGAUAUGGGCUAUCAAAAGGGUAAGUCCCCCAAAAUCCUUUCCUAAGAUUGGGUUUACACCAUUUUUGGAAACAAAAAUAUCAAAAAGACCCUAGACAAUUAGGACUUAAAAAUUUCCAAAAGAUUUAACGUAUAACUGUAGUCAGUAUUCCAAAUAAUGGAUUUUCUUCAAGGAAUUGACGCGGGCUGUAGCUCUGAGGGGGUGCACUUAUAGGACACAUAUUUAUAGGAAAAGAAAGUCUUAUUUUAAACUGCAAAAAUACGCUCUUAAAAUAUUUGCCUUUAAAACCUUUGUUAUUUAUCAAUAUUUUGUACUGUUAUAACAAGAUUUCAGAAAAAUCUUUUUGCCUAAUAUGGGAAAGUUUUAGAAAUACAUAUGUGCAAAUAGAUAAUCAAUGAGAAAACUCCUUGACUAUGUCUUAUUGUGCAGUCAUUACGAAAAUAGUUUCCUGUGCUUCUUAAUUAAAAGUGUACAAAAUUUGGGACAUUAGAGGGGUCAUAUAAGAGGUUUGUCAGACCUAUUUUUAGCCCUAGUAUUUCAUGAUAUAAAAAAACCAUAUUUGCCCUGUACUCUGUAUCCCAUUUUGGUUAUAAUUAUCUUCUUAACUAUUAUAAUCAAAAUAGAACACUUAGUACAAGAAUUAAAGUAUGAAACAUUUAGUAGGGAAUGCUAACUUUUUAGUUUCUACCAACGAAAGUCUAAGAGAAGAAUGAACACAUAAACGAAUAUUUCCGAAUUACAUUGUAAAUAUUAGUGGAGGGUCUAAGUAUGUAUUUCUAGCUGGAUAGAAAGUGUACCCCAAAGACUAGAGGUUUUUCUAUGUGCCAAAUAAUUAUUAUUAUUGCUGUUCAAAUUUUAGUUCUUCAAAAGAACAAAGAGGCAAUUGCAUAUCAAAUAAGUUUUGACCAGCUAGCAAUAUAUGGAAAUUUAAUUUAUUUUAUAUUAUUAAAAGACGCAAGUACUUAGUUAUUGUUAAGUUUUUUUUUAUAUCCAGUUAUUUAUCUAGGGUUGUACUUUAAUUGACUGAAUUAGAUAAUUUUAUUGUAAACGUAUGUUAAUCCAAGGACAUUUAAUUAUAAUAAUAUUUAUUUGAAUUUUUUUACGUUUUUUUUAUCUUUGGACUAAAAUACGAUUUGAAGCUGUAAAAGAUUCCUUACAAAAAUACCUGACCUACAUAAGACGAUACUAUAAUUUCCUAAUUUUUAAAUAACUUAGAAUAAUUUUUAUACCGUUUUAUUACAGCCAAUAUUUAAAUUAACCUGCCGACCGAAUUUUUAAAUCAACAUUAUACACCAAAAUCAAAACGAUAUAAUUAAUAAAUAAUACAACCUAUGUGCGGGAGGUAGGUUAGUUUAUAUUAUAUAACAAAGAGCACAAACACAAGGUGUUAAAUAUUAUAAAUGUUUUACUGAAAUAAAACUUUUUAAAAUUUUA